AUGGUGACUAGGAUGGAAAUAGUGAUGACCAUGCCCGAGCUCAUCGACGCAAUUUUCGUGCAUCUAUCUCGCGCGGAGAACGCAGUCACAGCCCUCGUGUGCAAGCAGUGGCUCGAGAUCUCGCGCGAUCAUAUCUGGUACGAGGUCGAGCGACCUACAGAGCUCUUCAAUCAGCUCUCACCUCUUCAACCUGAAGACGAGAAUGCAUAUGAGUUUGUGCGCAUACCCAGACAAGCGGAUUGGACUGCCUUCGAACCAUUGGCUCGCCGAGUUCACCGCUUACCAUCACCUGUACCACCAUAUCACGUCUCUUCACGCAUGGCAGGCGCUCUCCUGCGCUCUGCUACAAGACCGCGGAUAAUUUUUCCCAAUCUGGAAUACUUGGCGUGGAAUGUUGGCGGACCUCAAAUGCUGGGAUGGGAGAGCUUGCACUUGCUAUUUCUACACCCGGGUGUUCGACGAGUUGGGUUGCAGGCACUUGUGCCGGGAAAUGUUGACACUGCAUUUGGCAGCUUGACCGAUGUGGCUGCGGAGAUCGCUGAAAUGUCCCCAAACAUGAUACAACUUGACGUGACGACAACUACCCGUGAAGUAGCAGGCCUCGACGAGCCUCUCCUACCCCUUCUAUCAAUUGCAUCGUUGACACAAGUCAACUUAUGCCAAUCUCUCUUCACGCCUUUCGUGCUGGAGACGGUGUCUCUACUCCCCAAUCUACGAAGUUUGCUCGCCAUCGACCCUGAUGUCUACCAAGAACAUAUCAACUACGACCCUGUCAGUGCAGCUGACUUCUCCCGCCCACUCGUCCUCGCACCUGGCGCAUACGGUGCACUCAAGAAACUGCAUCUUGCCAUGCCAACUGCAAAUAUGUCGUCUUUAUUGAACGAUACGUGCUUCCCCGCCACUCAACUCCAAGAGCUCAGAGUCCGAGUCCUUGAUGCCCCCACUUCAGAUGCGACGUCGACCCUGAUAUCCACUAUCGCAACUCGCUGCGUGCAGCUCCAAGCACUCAUCAUGAACUUGUAUCCUCCCGACUUCAUCGAGCGCUCGACCGUAGAGCAGAUCUUAUCUCCGCUCACCGCAUCAAUGCUCGCGCCUCUACGCUCACUCAAGGAGCUUGACGCUAUCUUCAUACACCAUCUCAUGCCUGUAUCUCUCUCCAACGAAGAGUUUUUUCACCUAUUGGCAGGCCUCCCUUCUCUCACGAGACUCUUUCUCGUACCACGACCCGAUUACUGGCCGAACCCGCCUGAUCAACCGCCCGCGUCGUGCUUCGACUGGCAAACACUCAUCCUCAUGGCGCAAAAGUACCCGCACAUCACACGCCUAGGGCUUUACGUCGACCUCACAGGGCCGGCGCCAACCACGAUUCCGGCUCGCUUCCCAGCGCUGGGUGUACUUGAACUUGGCACGUCGCCCUGCCCACUCCUGCGUAGCGCACGCGCCAAAUUGGCGACCGCGUUAUGCGGCAUACUCAGCGGUCGAACCAUACUCGCAUCGGGGUUUCUGAAGAAUAGCACCUGGAAUGUCAACCCACCCGUGUAUGCCGAUCCGUCGUUCGAGGCGGAUCUUGCGCGAUGGGCUGAAGUGCGGACACUGGUACACUUCGGUUUGGCCCUCAUUUCGGGCGCUUCUCGCGAUGAUAUCUGUAAAGAUGAUUGA